AUGACGGUCAAGGGCAGGAGCUCUACGCUUUGUGAAUGGGCCCUUGGAGUCAGCGUUGAGGAGUAUUACGACUCGGUUCAGCGGCGCAGGCGCAGACAAUCGACUGGCCGACAGCGAAUCAGCGUCGAGAUCUCGACUGAUGACGAGUCUGAGGAGGACACCGUCAAGAUAACAUACCCGCGCGCCGGCGUCAAGAAGACCUCUGGCCAGUCAGCAAAUGUCAAGAAGGUCCGCUUCCAAGGCGCGGCGCCCAAAUCGGCGUUGAAGGUGGUGGACUCGGACGUCGAGUCUUCAGGUGAUUCAGAGCCCGACCCGGACUGCGAGUGUCGCGAUUGUAAGAUAGGACGCAGGAGACUAAGAGAAGCAGGAAAAGCCGCCGAGGAUCAGGCUGCUGAGACAGACACAUCCGACUCCGAAGAAGAACCCAAGUCGAAGAAGAACGACAAGAAGAAGCACAAGGGAGAGAAAUCCAAGAAGAAGAAGGUAAUAGAGUCAUCAUCAGAGAGUGAGGACAGCGAAACUGAGACGACAGAGACCGAAGCCGAAAGCGAGGAUGAGGCACCUCCGUCUCCCGAGAAGAAGAAGAAAGAAGAAAAGACCAAGAAGGUGAACAAGUCCAAGAAGACGGUACCAGCUGCUGCCGACAUCAAUAAUGUCGGCCCUACGAAGAAGAAGCGGAUCGAUAAGAAGGAAACACCGCGCAAGGAGAAACCCAAAGCCAAGGAGGCUGAGAAGCUGAGACCCGAGGCUUCCUUGUCUCCCAAUCUACGCCGCCCAAAUCUUAUCAUGCCCAUUCGAGCCGAAGUUCUUCAAGUCGAGCAUGCAAUCGAAGGAGCUGAGGACCCUCGACCAAAUGCUUUCCAUGACUCUCAGCAUGGUGUUGUCCGAGUUUACCAUGGACCGGCCUACGGGAAUCCGUACGGGCUAUUAUAUCCAGCUCGGGAUCAAUCCAACGCAACCUUGCCCCUCGGCAUGCCUCACCCUCUGCAGAACCCCUUUUUCCAUGGGUUUGCAAGUCCUUCAAACCCCGGAGACAAUCAAUUCAAAGGGAAUUCUCCAUGGGGGGCCAUCCCUUUUACCUGCAUGCCUGGAGGAGCUCCAAUCAUGGCGCCAGUCGAACAGAUGCAGAUGCCGCAAAUGCCGCCAUACUGGACUCCAGUCUCACCAGCCAAGACGACCUCGGCAAAGGGAUCGCCCAAGAUGUCCGGGGCUAUUCGGGGAGACAAUGCAUCGACGGCGGCCAAGGACAAGGAGAAGGGAUGGGAGACCAAUGUCGGCCCCCGAGGCAACAAGACCGCUUCCCCUGCGAAGAGCGACAAGACAAAGCCGAUCAACAGCAAUGUUGCUCCGAAAUCUCCCAUCAACAUCAGCCUAACAGUCAAUCCGGACACUCCUUGGGCUGAACUUGCAAACAACCUAAGCAAGAAGUCCAGCCCGAACAAGGACGGCUCACAAGCCGGAAGCAAGGCAGGGUCCAACAACGGCAGCAAGAAGUCAUGGGGAUCCAAUAAGUCACGUACCGGUUGGAAACCCCUGGAGAGCGGUCAGCACGCGGACCUCGCUUGGGGUGCUUCAUCAAAGAGCCAGUCAGGAAGCAAUUCAGGAUGGCCUCAGACAAACGGAAGUACGUCGGCUUGGGGACAGACCGGCGAUGGAAACAACGACGUCUGGGGUACGACCGGCGGGUCUGGAGGCAACAAGAGCGGUUCUGGAAGUAACAACAGCGGCGGAAGCAACAGCGGCUGGAACACAGGAGGCAAUGGCCAGAGCAACGAUAAUUGGAACACGUCGGGCGAUACUCAGAACAAUGAUGUGUGGGGUUCUUCGGGGAAUGGUGCUCAAGGGGCAUCCGGCGGUGAUGGUUGGGGAACGACGACCAACGAUACCACCUGGGGGGAUUCUGGCAGCAACAAUCAGACAAUGGCCGCCGAAGGUUGGGGAACCUCCAACAACGAUAGUGCGGAUGCGUGGGCUACCUCUGGAGGUGAUUACAACAACAACAGCUGGGGAACGGCGUCCAAUCACUCGAAUAAGUCAAAGAAGUCGAACAAGAGCCAGAAUGGUGGAGGAAGCAACCGCAGUGCUAGCAGACAACAGCAGCCAACGACUAGCUGGGAUAACCAGAGCAACAAUGUCGGCUUUUCCGGAAGAGCCGUGUCUAAUGGUUCAAACAACUCUCAGAAGUCACGCAAGAGCCAAAGUCAGCCCUCCAACAAUGGCUGGGACAGCAACGCUGGUCCAUCUACCAAUAGUCCCGUGGGAAACGCGUCCAAUAAGAGUAACGGAUCCAAGAAGAGUUCGAAGGACAAUGCCGACGGAUGGAAUAAAACCACGGACAACUCGACCUGGAUCCCUGACAACAACGCUGGACCGACAACCAGUAGUCCCAACGCGUCUCAGGUGUCGAAGAAGAGCGACAACAACAAUACAACAGCAGGCGAGGGUGCUGGAUGGGGGCCUUCUACCGCUGGGGACGGCUGGAACCCAACCGGCACAGAGUUGAGCAAGGGCUCCAGCAGCAACAAGAGCAUGCCAGGUGCCUGGGAUAACUCUUUGCCAUGGGGCGAUUCGAACAUGGCUGUAUCCACCCACGGAGCGGCGGACCAGUGGUAG